AUGUCCUUCCUGCGUCGCUUUUUCGCAUCCUCCGCAACUCCAGAAGUAAUGGCAUCCGCAAAGGAGAAGGCUCAGAAGAUCAUUGACGACAAUGCUGUCGCCGUCUUCUCAAAGUCUUACUGCCCCUAUUGCAGCGCCACCAAAUCGCUGCUCUCUUCCCUAGACGCGAAGUUCUAUGCGAUCGAGCUCGACCAGGUCCCCGAUGGCGCCGAGAUUCAGUCCGCCCUCCUCGACAUCAGCGGCCAGCGCACCGUCCCCAACGUCUUCAUUGGCCAGAAGCACAUUGGUGGAAACAGCGACCUCCAGGCCAAGAGCGGCGAGCUGCCCCAGCUGCUGAAGAGCGUUGGUGCUUUAUGA